AUGUUAGGUGGGUUAUACGGGGAUUUACCACCCCCUUCUUCAGCUGAUGAAGAAAAAAGCAAAAACAACACCAGUAGUAACUCUGCUGUGUGGUCCAGUAGUGCAAAAUUUGCACCGGCUGCAUUACGGAAAACAUCAUCGUCACUUUUUACACCACCUCAGUCGGUUUUGAGAUCACAACUGUCACAGAUGAAACCCAAAACUCAAAGUUUGUCACAGACCCCCAAGCCUGUUGUUGUUAGUUCGGUGGUGAUGCCAGAUGAGGGAGUGAGACUGCCGAAAAUAACAAAUCAACAACCUGCAUUAGUUGGGGUUACGUCGAAUGUAAUGGAGGAGUAUGAUCCUGCUAGACCUAAUGAUUAUGAGGAGUAUAGAAGAGAGAAGAAGAGAAAGGCUGUGGAAGCUGAAAUGAAUAAUGAGAUUGAGAGACGACGGCAAGAAGAAGAGGAGAGAGAGAGGGAGAGGGAACAAAGAGAAAGGGAAGCUGCAGAGAGAGAAAGGGAAAGGGGUUCUAAUGAAUCAAGUUCAAGACCAGCGCCAUUGAAUAUAUCUGGUGAAGAAGCUUGGAAAAGAAGAGCAGCAAUGAGCGGGAAUAUGGGUGGAUCAUCUGCACCGAGAUCACCAUCUCCGACGUCUAAGGGGGAUGGAGGGUUUAGUAUUGGGAAGUCAGGGUCUGUUGGGUUAGGUGUUGGAGCAGGUGGGCAAAUGACUGCAGCACAAAAGAUGAUGGCAAAGAUGGGGUGGAAGCAGGGUCAAGGACUUGGGAAACAGGAGCAGGGGAUAACUACUCCUUUGAUGGCAAAGAAAACAGAUAGACGUGCUGGCGUGAUUGUGAAUGCUAGUGAACCCAAGUCAGAGAAGAAACCAAAGAGUGUCAACAUUAAUGGUGCACCUACUCGUGUUCUCUUGCUCCGGAAUAUGGUGGGCCCUGGGGAGGUGGAUGAUGAGCUAGAGGAUGAGGUAGCAUCAGAAUGCGCAAAAUAUGGAACGGUGACUAGGGUCCUGAUUUUUGAGAUUACAGAGCCAGAUUUCCCAGUAGACGAGGCAGUUAGGAUAUUUGUGCAGUUCGAGAGAUCAGAGGAAACUACCAAGGCACUUGUUGAUCUUGAUGGUCGUUUCUUUGGUGGAAGAGUAGUUCGUGGCACAUUCUUUGACGAAGAGAAGUUUGGUAAGAAUGAGCUGGCCCCAGUGGCUGGGGAAAUUCCAGGUUACACUUAGAAGGAAACCUAGAAAGAAGAACAAUGUAAGUGAUCUUGAGUAGGACUGUUUUGGCAUGUCUGCUGCUUUUGCUCAGCAUUUGUGGUGUUGGUUAAUAUUUUUUUUGCUCCGUUCAGACAUCCACAGUGACAACUCCUCUGGGUAACGAAAGACAUGUAGGUGAUCAUAAUUUAAUGGUUAUCUUGAUGCAGACCAGCUGAUGACUAUUCGGAAGCACAUUUACUGUUCAAAGACUGCUUGAAAUCCUAAAGGCAACAAUCUUAUGCUACGUUGUUGUUCAGGAUAUGCAUUGCUGUAUAAGACAAGACAAGUCUGUAAGUGUACUUCAUUUUCUUCAAAAAGAUUUUCAGAAAAUCAGCAGAACAGUGUUGUUAACUACUAUGAGCUCUUCAGUGAGGGCACAUUUAUGUCUACUUAUAAACAAUAUGCUAUAAUACAAUCUUGGUAGACCUUUGGGAAUGAA